AAAGAGAGGGAAAGGAGGGCGACUCGUCGACUGAGGACGGAGGAGUCCAAAGAGAGGGAAUGAGCUAAUGAGAGCGAGGAUUACUCUGCGGCGGGCCAACAGCGAGGAGCAGAGGCAAUGCGACAACCUGAUUUGGGCCUCAAGUUCGUUAUUGUUAUUAUUGCGACCCACGGCCCGCCUGACCGAUUCUUCCUCAUUAAACGGCGGCGGAGGCCAGUGGUAAUCUGCUGCAUCCACUAUGGGG